AUGCAAUUUGUUUGGUAAGUCUUGUGUAAAACAUUGAAAAUAGUAUCAGAUCAAUUCAACUUCCUUAUUUAUUUUCGUUAUUUCUCUAUAUUGUUGUUCGUUAUAUCUAGAAUAAAAGUGGAUUCUGAAUUAAUCAAUUAAGCAAGACUUCACUGGAUUGGGUUGAGAAAUAAAGUAAUGGAUUGAUCAAUAUUUCAUUAGAUCUAUAUUGUUUAAUGCUAAUUUAUUAUAAUUGGUUUAGAGAAUGAUAGCCAUAGUCUCUGGAAGAUGAAAAUUAUAAUAUUAAUACCAAUAUAAAUAUCACUUUGUCUUGAGGUUGUUAGAAUGAUUAAGGGCUUUAAGAAGCAUCUUAGUCAUUUUUUGUGUUAUUUUGAGAAUUAUUAAAUUUCAUUCGAUUAUAGUGUCUAAUUUAAAUCUUUUUUUAAAUAAAAAGGACAUUAUCGAAAGUAUGAAAAUAAAAAUAUUUUUAUUAGAAUAUUUAUGGAUCAAGCUACAUAAGAUUUACAAGAAAAUUGGAAUGAGGUAAAUAAUUAUUGUAAAUUAAAAAGCAAGUCGAAACAUUCGAAGAAUUAACAUUGGGCAAAGAUUUAUUGAGAGGCAUCUUUUCUUACGGUUUCGAAAGACCAUCAGCCAUCUAAUAAAAGGCCAUUAAACCAAUCAUCCUUGGUAAAGACGUAUUGGCACAAGCAUAAUCAGGUAAGCACUCUAAUUUACAAUAUUUAAUAGGAACUGGAAAGACAGGUACAUUCACAAUUGGUGCUUUACAAAGAAUUGACCCAAAUUAGAGAAAGACCCAAGUCAUCAUUUUGGCACCAGUUAGAGAAUUGGCAAAGCAAAUUUAUGAUGUUGUCAAAGGAAUUGGAUAAUAUUUAAAUAUUGAAGCCUUUUGUUGCAUUGGAGGAACCUCAACUCAAGAAACAAGAGAGAAAUGCAAAUAAGGUGUGCACAUCAUCAUUGCCACUCCAGGAAGAUUGAUUGAUAUGAUGAAAAACAAAUAUUUGGAUGCCACAUUCAUGAAAUUAUUAGUUGUUGAUGAAGCUGAUUAGAUGUUGGAUCAAGGAUUCAGUGAUAACUUCGCUGAAAUUCUUAAAAUGGUACCAGGAGAUAUCUAAAUUGGUAUACAUUCAUCAUAUAUUCUGUAUAGCAUUGUUUAGUGCAACAUUCCCAUAAGAAAUUAUUGAAUUGAGUAAAUAAUUCUUAAGAGAUGGAACAGCAAAGAUUUUAGUCAAGAAGGAAUAAUUGACCUUGGAAGGUAUUAGAUAGUUCUACAUUGCCAUUUAAUAAGAAGACCAAAAGUUCAGAGUUUUGGUUGAAUUAUACAAGAAUCUUACAGUUUCAUAAUCAAUCUUAUUUUGCAAUUCCAAAAAGACAGUCGAUGAUCUCUAUGAUAAAUUGACAGCAGAAGGUUUUACAGUUAGUAAAAUCCAUAGUCAAAUGGAAUAAAAGGAAAGAGAAUAAGUAAAUUCAUCAUCUCUAUUCUAUUAGGUUAUGUAAGAAUUCAAAAAGGGAGCUGCAAGAAUCUUAGUAUCUACAGAUCUUAUGGGAAGAGGUAUUGAUGUUCAAUAAUUAUCUUUGGUUAUCAAUUAUGAAUUCCCAAGACUCAAGGAAUAAUAUAUUCACAGGUAUCAUUCAUUUUAAUCAAUUUUUUAGAGUUGGAAGAGCUGGUAGAUAUGGUAGAAAGGGAGUUGCAAUCAAUAUGGUUGCUUAACAAGAAGCUAAUCUCUUAUUAGAAGUUGAAAAGUAUUACAACACUAAAAUUGAUGAAAUGCCCAAGGAUUUGGCUGAAGUAGAAAAGGAAUUAAGUUGAAAAAUCAGUAUAUGUUAAAAAGAGUAU